ACCGCCAUAAAACAAUACUAGAAGAAGAAGAAGAAAGAUGGUGGGUAUGAGCCUUCUGAGGUCUGCUGCUGCUUUUGCAGCCAGACUGAGGCCACUGAAAGCUGGAAAUAAUGCGGCAAAUAUACUCACUCGAACUAUCCCACAAGUAGAUAAAGUUGCCGUUCGAUAUGGUCAUGGGAAGAAAAUGUUCUUCAUCGAAUCCACGAAAUACUACGACCGUAGAAAUAUGAGAUUAACAAAAUUUUACUUACUGCUGACUGGAAUUCCAAUGGCAAUAUUUAUCACAGCAGUGAAUGUCUUCAUUGGUGAAGCAGAACUUGCUGAAAUUCCUGAAGGCUAUGAACCCGAGCACUGGGAGUACUACCAGCACCCAAUCAGCAGGUGGCUUGCGAAAUACAUGUGGGAUCCCCCUGAGAAGAACUAUGAAAAGAUGUUGGCUACACUGCAUAUUGAAAUGGAAAAGGCACACAUGAGAAAGACACAUUUGGAGGUGCGUCGACAGAUGAGAGAGCACGGAGACGGUCCCUGGUUCCAAGUGCCCACCCUCGACAAGAAAAUCGUUCUGAGAGGACACAUGGCAUCACCUGACGAAUAAAGUUAUCAAAUCUUACUGUUUGUACAUGUUUCCCUUCUUACCUAAUAAAGUAUCUAUGUACGGUA